GGGCCGGGCAGGCCGCAGAGGGCAGAGGGGACGCCGGCUCCUGCCAGGGACCUUGCUCCUUGGCCGCCUCAGGUGAUGGAGCCGCAGCGAGCCGCGACCUUCCUACCACCCCGCGUGCGGACAGGACUUUGUAAGGCUAGAAAGGAGAUAUGUGUAACACACCGACUUACUGUGACCUAGGAAAGGCUGCCAAGGAUGUCUUCAACAAGGGAUAUGGGUUUGGCAUGGUCAAAAUAGAUCUGAGAACCAAAUCUUGUAGUGGAGUGAUGGAAUUUUCUACUUCGGGUCAUGCUUAUACUGAUACAGGGAAAGCGUCGGGCAACCUAGAGACCAAAUAUAAGGUCUGUAACUAUGGACUUACCUUCACCCAAAAAUGGAACACAGAUAAUACUCUUGGGACAGAAAUCUCUUUGGAGAAUAAGUUGGCUGACGGGUUGAAACUGACUCUUGAUACCAUAUUUGUACCGAACACAGGAAAGAAGAGUGGGAAAUUGAAGGCCUCCUAUAAACGGGAUUGUUUCAGUGUUGGCAGUAAUGUUGAUAUAGAUUUUUCUGGGCCAACCAUUUAUGGCUGGGCUGUAUUGGCUUUUGAAGGUUGGCUUGCUGGCUAUCAGAUGAGUUUUGACACAGCUAAAUCCAAACUGUCUCAGAAUAAUUUCGCCCUGGGUUAUAAGGCUGCAGACUUCCAAUUGCACACUCAUGUGAAUGAUGGCACUGAAUUUGGAGGUUCUAUCUACCAGAAAGUUAAUGAGAAGAUUGAAACGUCAAUAAACCUUGCAUGGACAGCUGGUAGCAACAAUACCCGUUUUGGCAUUGCUGCUAAAUAUAAGCUGGAUUGUAGAACUUCUCUAUCUGCUAAAGUAAACAAUGCCAGCUUGAUUGGACUGGGUUACACUCAGACCCUUCGACCAGGAGUCAAACUGACCCUGUCAGCUUUAAUCGAUGGAAAGAACUUCAGUGCAGGAGGGCACAAGGUUGGGUUGGGAUUUGAACUGGAAGCUUAAUGUGGUUUUGAGUAAAGCAUCAGAUUUGUUCUUGGAAGUGAAGAGAAAUGAACCCACUAUGUUUUGGCCUUAAAAUUCUUCUGUGAAAUUUCAAAAGUGUGAACUUUUUAUUCUUCCAAAGAAUUGUAAAUCUCCCCACACUGAAGUCUAGAGAUUGCAAGUCCAUCCUAAGGGAGGUUCUUGAAGGCAUGCCUGGAAGUUGUCAUGUUUGUGCCACAUUUCAGUUGAGUUCUGCAGUGUUAAUUUAAAUUUGUUCCUCAGCGACAGUGUAGUGUCAUGUUAAAGGAAAUGACCUGAUCCUCAAGUUUGUACAUCACGUCCUGCAUGUACCAUACCACUUUUUCAUGAUGUUUUAAUAUAUUGGUCUCUGUGCUAUAGUGGAAUCUUUGGUUUUGCAUCAGAGUAAAAUAAAAUAAACCCAUCACACUUGGAACACGA